CACAGCUGCACGCUGCCCGCUUUAAACCGCCACGACCUGUGCACGACCACCAGCAUCCCUUUCUCCUACGACAGACAUCUUAAAUGACGAUCUACUACUCGCUCACGUUCAUGCUCCUCGCGGCGGAGAUGGCGACCUUCUGCAUCCUGGUCGCGCCGCUGCCCUACGGCAUCAGAAAACGUUUCUUCCGCUUCCUCUCGGAAAGCCCAAUCGUCGCGAAACUCGCCUACGGAAUCAAAAUCUCAUUCAUAUUUGUGGGGGUACUGUUUUUAGACGCGUUCCAGCGCAUGAUCAGGGUAGCUGCGGAGGCAGACCUGGCGAAGACCAGUGGAUCAGGCGUGCAGGACGUCCGCUCCGAGACAAAUUUCGCUGCGCGUAAAUUCUACGCACAGCGGAACACGUACUUGACAGGCUUCACGCUGUUCCUCUCGCUCGUCCUCACGCGCACCUUUUACCUUCUGCUCGACCUUAUCCACACGCAAGAAGAGUACGCGAAGCUCAAGCAGGAGACUGCCAAGUCGUCUCGCGGCCAGAUUGCGACCCAGGACCAGGCCAAGCAAGUCGAAGAGCUCAAGAAGCAGCUCGCAGCAAGUGAAGCGAAGGCCAAGGACUACGACAUCGUCAAAAAGCAGGCAGAGCAGAACGCGCGCGAGUACGACAGACUCUCGACUGAGUUCAACAAGGCGAGUGGGAAUGUGUCGAACAAGAGAGUUGAUUGAGCUUGGUCGUGUGUAGUAUGGGUGUAAUAAGUUAAUGCUCAUGAAUGUUGUCCGCUUCCUGGUUGUUGCUGUCGCGCUGAAUUAGAAAGCCCUGUCUCUGGGUUGGACGUCAAUCAAAUAUUGUUGCUGUCGCAUUCGCAGUACUGAUACUGGACGCCAUUCGCGAGAGCAUGGUUGCUGUU